CAAUGCGACAACGUGAAAGAUAAGUUGUUUAUGUAGGGAGAAGACCGGAGUCGGAGUCAUUGAAAGCCAUGCGAAGUCAGCUACCGACUCCGAAAGACAUGCGGUAAUCACCGGCCCCUCAGUCUAGCCUUAUCGAUACAGACCCCUGCCAUCAUUUUUUUUGUGCCGUUCGUAAUGCGGCUUCGGCGAACUCGUGACUUCAUUGAUCUUCCAGCAAAGUAUAACGAGCAUGAGUGCGCAGACGAUUGUUGGGGUCCUCGCACUUCAGGGUGCUUUCAGCGAACACAUUCAACUUCUCCGUCAAGCAGCGUUGCUAAUAGAUCAGACGCACGGUAAUGGAUUAGUAUGGCGAUUUAUCGAAGUGAGAACCGAAAAAGAACUGGACAGCUGCCAUGCGCUCAUCAUACCUGGCGGAGAGAGUACAACAAUGUCAUUAGUUGCGGUCGACUCUGGACUGUUGGAGCCCUUGCGGCAAUUCGUAAAGGUACAAAGAAAGCCAACAUGGGGAACCUGCGCUGGACUCAUACUACUGGCUGAAUCCGCGAAUAGGACAAAGAGAGGUGGCCAAGAGCUCAUUGGUGGCCUGGACGUGCGGGUCAAUAGGAACCAUUUCGGUCGCCAGACGGAAAGCUUUCAAGCAGAGCUUGACUUACCGUUCCUGGUGUCUUCUCAUGCGGUCAAGAACCAGGCGAACAAGCCAUUCAGGACAGUAUUUAUUAGGGCUCCGAUUGUAGAGAAAAUACUACCCCAUGUGGUUGGUAUUCAGGAUGCUGAAGCAGAGAGAACGGACACGGUGAUUGCUCCCAGUCGAGAAAUUGACACGAAGCUAUGUAGACAGGGAUAUGAUCAAGAGGUAGAAGUACUUGCGCGUUUGCCUAAAGACGCUGCAAAAAAGCGUGGAAAGGAAGCCGUUCAAUUGGCCGAGCCAGGAGGUGACAUUGUCGCGGUCAGACAGGGCAAUGUGUUUGGCACAAGUUUCCAUCCAGAAUUGACGCAGGACUCGCGGAUACACGUGUGGUGGCUGGAACAAGUUCUUGAGCAGUCCUCUCAAAGAACAAAUAGAUGAGAAUACGGCUAUGGUUAGAUUCGUAUAUCCGGAACAUAUUCCCGUAUAGAAGCGCAGGGGUAUUCCCCCA